AUGGCAGUCAUUUCAACACCUAUCACCGAGCUCUUUGGUAUCAAGCACCCAGUCUUGCUGGCGGGCAUGAAUGUCGCUGCUGGUCCCGAGCUCGCUGCUGCUGUCAGCAAUGCUGGUGGACUUGGUGUUAUCGGUGGAUUGGGAUACACCCCCAAGCUUCUCAGAGGCCAGAUUCGCGCCAUCAAGGACGGUCUUGUCGAUAAAUCUCUACCAUUCGGCGUGGACUUGUUGUUGCCGCAAGUCGGCGGCAAUGCGCGCAAGACCAAUUACGACUACACAAAGGGACAUCUCGAUGAGCUUAUUGAAGUCAUCAUCGAGGAGAAGACUUCGCUUUUCGUCUGUGCUGUCGGCGUUCCCCCGAAGCGCACGGUUGAGAGACUGCAUCAAGCUGGGAUUCCCGUCAUGAACAUGGUCGGGCAUCCCAAACACGUCCCGAAGGCACUUGAAGUCGGCGUUGACCUCAUUUGCGCUCAGGCUGGCGAGGGAGGAGGUCACACUGGUGACAUCCCCGCCAGUAUCCUCAUUCCCGCUUGCGUCGAUGCAGUCAAGGGCCACAAAUCCCCUCUCACAGGCAAACCCGUAUACGUCAUUGGUGCAGGCGCUGUCUACGAUGGCCGGAGUUUGGCAGCCAACUUGAUGUGGGGUGCUGAAGCUGUUUGGGUCGGAACAAGAUUCGUUGCUUCCGUUGAGGCUGCUGCGCCCAAGAUCCACAAGGAACUCAUUGUCAGCGCCGGCUAUGAGGACGCUGUGACCACACUGAUCUAUACCGGUCGUCCUCUGCGUGUCCGUCGCUCGCCCUACGUCGAAAACUGGAAUGUCAAUCGUGCUGCUGAGAUCAAGGAACUCACCAGCAAGGGCAUCAUUCCCCAUGAACACGAAUUGGAGAAGCAUCCCGAGAAAUCCAUUGAGCGAUCGUGGCUUAUGGGUCGUGUUUCCUCUCUCAUCCACGACGUGCUCCCCGCUAAAGUCAUCGUUGAGAACAUGGUUAACGAUGCCGCUGCUAUGCUGAACAAGGGCAACGGAUAUGUAAAAGCCAAGUUGUAG